AUGGAGUUGGAGAUUCCCUUGCAACCCCUGCUGCAGUCAGUGCAUUCUAGCCCUGUACGUGAGCAAUCCAAUGAAGGAUCCCUUCCAGAGACAAUUUCCUCAGCAAACCAAUUGAAUCAGUUUAGACAAGAACAGGCAGGAGCAUCUGUGUUAGCCAAUGGAGCUGGGUAUCCUCCUCAGGCAGCAAACAACGUUGGAAGACUUCCAGUUGAGCAUCCCGACAUGCCUGAAUUUCCGUUACAUCGGCAUCAGAUUUUAAACAGGCAAGUGUCAUAAUCUGCCGUGUUCCACUAUAACAUCUUAUGCAAGUAUACUCAGUUAGAAGUCGGGGAAUUGAACAGGUAGGAAUUUCUUUGGUUCUAUCUGCUGCACCCAUUAACAGCUAGUCCCAUGAUAAUUCUUCCUUUCUUUUUCCUUUUCUGUUUUUAAAUUUGUUUGAACUUAAUUAAGAAUUUAAUUAAGAAAUAAAGAAUUUGGACAAAACUUGAAGUCUCAGAAGUACUUUCUACUGCAAUAUAGACUGCGAGAACUUUAGGAAUUGAUGGUGCUUUUAAGUAACGGUACUCUUAUUCCACCAUUACGAUUACAAGUCAGCAACUUUGUUGAAAGUGUUCACUGAGAUAAAGAUAUAUAAGGUCAGAACAGGGGCACCUCGGUACAGACGACUUGAAAAAAAGUUGAUUGCCUCAUAGUUUGAUUAAAUGAAGGAUAUUAAAUGAAAUGAAAUUUUCUUGUAUGCAGAUAGCAAUGUAUAAAAAUCAAUUUUCACUAUGCCCAGUGAGUAUUUUGGUGAUCCUAAAUUCACGGAGUCCACUGGCAUUUAAGUUUUUUAAGGUCACGAAGGUGGUCCAUAGGUCUCUUGGUGCAAACGUAUAAGUGUUUUAGGUAAAAAGUGCCACGUAGCCUUAAGCUGAAGUGCAUUACCCGUUAGGUCAGGUACAAAUUUUGUUUUGUUUAUUACUUAAAUGAAAAGUGAAUUUUGAGUCUUCCAACCCGUUUUUGUUUCGUCCAUGUUAAUUCCAAUGCGGCCCAGACAAUAUGUAUCAGAAAACCCCUUAACAAGUCAAGGUCAAGCAGUGUUUUUAAUUAUCACUGGACGAGAAAUAAAUAUUAUAUGCUACAACUUUGACCUGAAUGUCAGUCACUUUUAAUUGAUAUCGAUGAUCUGCUCUCUACAAUUUCAGGCCAGCUUCACCUAACCUGAUAGCAGCUCUAGUG